GUACCUUGGCUGCACUGCACUGGCGACGAUAGUCAAAUAUAACUAAUCGCCACUCAAACCAACAUAAGAAGAUGAAGAAGGUACCCCAAACAGAGUUUCAGACGUCGACUUUUUCUUCACAAAGAUUUUGUAAUAUCAAUAUUGUAGAUACCUCAUGAUUAGUCAAGAUGACAGAAAUAAUGGAUGUGCCGCAUAUAUUGCAACAGGAGCAAUGGGAUUGUGGCUUGGCUUCUGCCAGGAUGAUUUUCAGGUAUUGCAAUGUUUCUCUAGGAGAAGGUGAUGAGAAGUUGAUGAAAGCAUGCAAAGAGCUAGAAAUAAAGAAAGCUAUUUGGACUGUAGAUCUGGCUCAUCUAAUGGCAAAGUUCAAUAUCAAACACGACUUCUACACACUCACAUUUGGGGUAGAUCCAAAAUAUUCCACCGUGGAAUUUUAUAACUGUAAUACCUAUUUUUCUGAUUUCUGGGAAGAAGAGCGUAGGAUCAAUAAGCUGUUUCUAGAAGCUCAGGACAGAGGUAUCAUUGCAUCUAAGAAAUCACUUUCCCAUGACGAGAUCAUCAGUCGGCUCAAAAAGGGUCAACCUGCUGUAGUUCUUAUUGAUGCUAGUCUUCUUGUUUGCCUGGAGUGUGAUGUCACAAAGCAAGAUCUUCAGUUUGGGUGCUGCCAGAGAGAUGAGGAGGAGGAGGAAGGAUAUAUAGGUCAUUUCAUAGUUGCUUGUGGCUACAAUAUAGAGAAGGAGCAAAUAUUUUACAGAAAUCCUGCAAGGCCUGUCGAUCUCUGCUGUUGCUCCUUUGAGAACUUUGAUGUUGCAAGGAAAUCACAUGGUACAGAUGAGGAUAUCCUUUUCAUCCAAAGAUGACCUUGCAUAAUGUCAUCGACCUUUGAAUUUGUAUAUUUGAGAAACCUGAUCGUACACAAGUCAUGCAUGAAGCAAUAUCAUGAAUUUAUGUGAAUCUGUUGUGCAAUAUCUUAAUAUUCAUACAAAGAAUGAUUUAUUAUUGUACCAAAACUCCCAAACAAUACAAAGUUUAAAAGAGGGGGUAAUUUUUAUCAACUAAUUUGUGUGCAUUGGUCAGUGAAAUGAUUUUCUACAUUAAUGUUCGUAAAUAUUAUGCAAGUCACAAGUUAUUCAGUCUAUAAUUUGGCAAUGUAAAAUCCAAUAAUGCCUCUCCACUUUUGUAUAGAGAUAUAAUACAUGUAAUAAAAAGGUAUGCACAACAUAGCAA